CUUCUCUCUGCUCUCCCUUGCCGACUCUCGAGUUUCCGCACAACAUACCCCUUUCGUUUCUAGGCGUACGAAGGACGAGCGACUUCGUUCUGAUUCUUCAGAAGCUCUCGAAACCGACUUGCCCUGACCUGACCUCUCUCGACAUGACGUCAGCGGCCCUCGUAAUAGAUGCUUCGAUUCUGUCCAUCAAUCUGCCGCGUGUGCCUAGGCACGACCCAGGGCGUGUUCUAAGGCACCGUGGGCUCGAUCCCAGGACUUCUCGUCACCGCAUUUCCGUAGCCGCGCGGCUUCCCUCCUCCUCCCCCGGUCAUUCUCGCUCCCCCUGCUUCGUUGACGAGUCUCGGAGAGUUAAGAAUGUCUCGUUUUCGCACGGAUGCUCGGUUUUCUCGUCCAGCUUUAUUCCCUGCGAAAUUGCCGGGAAUGCGAAUGCGGUGGCAUUGCCACGUACCUGCCGGGCUAGCGCAGCGCCGUCCUCGGCGGGACCUUCCUCGGGUAUACCGUCCUCGGUAGCACCUUUCCCAGAAACGCCUUCCUCCGAGGUAGCGCGUAAUAGCACUUCCGGAAAGCCGUCGCGCGGGCAGGCGAAAAAGGGGGCUAAGAAGGGCGGGCAGAAGAAGGAAAAAUAUUACAAGUCGGACGAUAACGAUUUGGAGUUCGGAAGCAUCGAGGAAAUGCAGCGAUGGCUGACGACCAAACCCAAGGGGUUUAUCGACCCGUCGAAACAGUACGAUACUUCGUUAGAGGACCAGCUCUUAGCGGAGAUAGAAGCAAAGGAGCAGCAGAAGGAACUGGAGGCAGCAGCGGGUGGGGGGGAUAAGGCGGGAGCGAAUGCGGGGGAGAAGGCGGGUGAGGGGAAGGGGGAGAAGCAAGGGGAGAAGAAGGGGAGGAGCAAGCAGGCAGGAGAUUUCGAUGGGCCUGUGAAGGGGAAAAAUACCAAAGAGUCGGAGCUUCCACCUUCCGCCAUCAAAGUCCGCGUGUCCGGGCUGCCCAAGAAGAAAAAGAUCAGCAGGGAUCUGCGGGCAGCGUGGAACGGGCAGCCCGGGCUGCUGAAAAUAAUUCCCAUGGAGACCGGAUCCUCCUCUACUCGCGACCCUGUGUGCACUGGGAGUGCCGUGGUGGCGUUUCUGAAAUUGUCAGAUGCUGAAAGGUUCAUCCAGCAGUACAAUCGCUCAGCCCCCAUCCGCUUCGGCCAGAAGGAGAAGGCCGUCUCCUGCAAGAUAAUCGGCGCCUCUGCUGACUCCUCCUCUCUGCCCCAAGCUGACCGUGGUAAGAGCACCUCCGUUAAGAGCACUUCCGUUAAGAGCAGCUCCGUUAAGAGCAGCUCCGUUAAGAGCACUGACGCUACAGUCACUCUGGGGGAAACUGCUGUUCAGAGCAGCGUUGGAAAGGGAGAGGUACCAAGCGUAAAGAGGGAUAGCGCCCGUGCUGCUGCUGCGGCUGAUGCCGAAGAAACAGUAGAGGCGCCAGCAGCGCCAGCAUCAGCACCAGCGGCAGCGGUUGCACCAGCAGCAGAUGCAGCGGCAGCGGCAGCGGCAGCAGCAGAAGCAGAGCCGGAAGCAGAAGGUGCGAUGGCAGCUGGAGGAGGAAGUCGACAAGUGGGUGAUAAGAAAGUGGCAGAUGAGCGGAAGGGAAAGGAAGCGGGAGAGGGAGAGAAGGUUGCAGCGACUAAGGGAGAAAAGAAAGCCCUGGGCAAUAAGGUGCAGGGGAGUGAUAAACUGCAGGGGAGUACUAAACUGCAGGAUAAGAAGGAGGUAUGGUUGCAGCGACUAAGGGAGGAUAAGGAGCUGAGAGCACGAGUAGAGGAGAUUAAGAGCCGAGUCUUAAGAGAUAUGGCGGCAGCAGGGAAGGACGGGGAAGGGGGGGCUGGAGGGGGGGAGGAGGUCGGGGUGAAGGGAAGGUGGAGAGGAGAGGAGGGAGGAUUGAGGGGGAGAGAGGAGGAGGAGUGGGAGGAAGAGGAGGAGGAAGGAGAAUGGGAGGAGGUGGAGGACGAGGAGGAAUGGGAAGAAGCGGAGGAGGAAGAUCAGAGCGAAAGUGAGGAGGACGAAGAGGAAGAGGAGGAGGAAGAGGAAGUGAUAGUGGGUCAAGUGGAAGUGACUGUUGAGAGUGUUACAGUGGAGAGUGUUACUGUUGAGAGUGUGACAAUUGAGAGUGUUACAGUUGAGAGUGACAUUUCCUCGCUACAGUCACAUGGGAAGGCAAAACGGAUGCCGCAAGCACAAGUAGAGGAGCGUUUAGAAGCCUCAAUCUCAACAGAGCAGGGUGGGGUUUCGGCAGCCACAGGAAAGGCAGCAAGUGCAGCAGCAGCAGCAGCAGCAGAAUUUUCACGUGUUGCCUCAUCACCCAUUUCUCUCUCGGCCAAGAAGGGAGAGUCAGAGCAGCAACGAAGGGCAGAGGAGGAGGAGCAGCAGAGGGCAGCUGAGGCUCGCAUAGAGGCCCUUGAAGCGAAGCUGCUUAAACUGAGUCAGGCGGGAGGGGGUGAAAAUGAGGGGGGAGGGGGAGCAGGGAAGGGGAAGCGGGGGAAGGAGGGGAAGAAGCGCAGAUAGCCUUUUAAGGAGCGCGGCUGAAUCUCACACUGAAGCUCUUGAAUCGAAGCUGCUUAAAAUGAGGCAGGGAGGUGGAGGAGAGGAGAAGGGGGGAGCAAGGGAGCAGGAAUGGCGAGGCGAGGCCAGGAGGGAAGUAAGUGCAGGCCGACUUGAAGCUAUUGAAACGAAGCUGCUUAUGGUGAUGCAGGGGGGAGGAGGGGGGAAAUGAGAGAGGAGGGAGUGGGGAGGAGGGGGAAAUGAGGGAGGAGCGGGAGGAGCAGCAAAGGGGAGGCCGCAUGAGGGGAAGAAAUGCAGAGCAGAUAAACAACUCUUCUAAGCUGGUCGGCUGAAGCCGGCUCUGAGGAUCUCCAAGCAAGACGAGCAGAGGGAAUGCGAGGAGAAAAAGUGCAGAUAGGUGCUCUGUUACUGAUAAGGUGUAAGCAGCCACUUGAUUACGGUACUUUCUAUGUCGGAGUAUGGGGGAGCUUGUCUGUCUCAUGCCAUUCUGAAUGCUGCAAGAACUUUGCCACAACUCAGUUGUUCACAUGCAUGCAUACAUGCCCCUCUGAGUAAACAUGCCAUUGACUA